AUGUCCGUCCCUGUCUUGUCCUUUGAUAUAUCUAGCUCCAUGGCUUUCCUCGUGGGAACCUGGGUUGAAGGCCCGCUGUUUGGACUGAACAUUGCUAUAUACAUAGCAUACAUUCGGAUACUGAGCAAGGACAUAACCACUCAGGAAAAGCUUCUCAUCGCUGUUGCCACUUUUCAAAUCGUGGUCGCUACAGCCCAUUUUAUCACCACUAUUUUGGACUUAAUUGGUGGAUUUAUAACCCAUUACAUUGUUUCGUCUUUCUUGUUCACCACAAAUUAUGUUAUUGGUGAUGCGAUCCUUGCUUGGAGAUGCUAUAUUGUAUGGGGUCAGAACCAGUUCAUCAGGACGUUCUUCCUGGUGAUCGUCACUGGUGCUUUCAUUGCUGGAUAUGCGAACAUCGGUCAUAUUGCAGCGCUGUCCAAGACUCAAGCUGUCUUCGUCGUCUACCAUUGGACAGUUGCCAGCUUUGCGAUUUCGCUUGGCAUUCAAAUUUCCGCCACACUGUUGAUCGUCUGGAAGAUUUGGCGCACUACGUCUUGGGCCUCCCCAGCAAGCGGCCACAGGGAACGUCUUACGUUUUUAUGGAUUAUCAUCGAGUCUGGCGCUCUCCUUGCCACAGCAACUGUGGCCGUUCUGGUCAUGUUUGUGCUUCACAUGAACGCUGGGGCGAUUGUUUCCUACAUUCUUACUUAG